GCCUAUGGAACAAGACACGAUGGGGCCACAACCGACCACGGGCGAAGUAGGAGAGGAGUACAGGACAUCGCCCGACCGAGCACUGAGGGAUCUGAAGGAACGAAUUAGGCGGGAAGCAUCGCUGAGAUGGACUGACUAAACCAAUGACGGAGAGCCCGACGUAAUGGGUGAGCCGUUCGUGACAGAGCCGCAGGAGGCUCUGAAGACUGGAACCUCGAGCGCUCGACGAGAAGCGACGAGACGACGCUCCCCUGAAUAUGAGCGAAGGGAGACCAUGGCGGAUAGGCGCAGGGACGACUGGAGAGAGAGUUCGAGGGAUUCCUAUUGGAGGGACAAAGAUAGCGAUAGGGCACCGCCCCGGCGUGUCUUCGACCCCCAAACGGGGGAAUCACACCCACUCCCUUACGAGAGCAAAGAUCGCUAUAUUAUUACGCACAGGGCCUCAGAGCCUCCUACUUUCAGGGGCUAUGGCAUUACAGAAUAUCUGGAGAAGUGGGAGUUUCACGCUAGCCGGAGUCAGUGGUCGGAGGAAGAGAUUAUAGAGAACUUCCUAUUUAAUGUGGACCCAAGUCUCGGCAAGGAAGUUAAGGAAGCCCGACCGAAGGAUGGGAAAUGGACUACGUACAAGAAGAACCUCGUUGAGCUUUACAAAUUGGAGGAUAACAAGUACUCCAUCAAGGACCUUGAGGCAAUGACUCAAGAUGAAGAUGAGAGCGUACGGGCAUUUGGAAUGCGGUUCCAGAAGAUCUCCGACGUGCUGAUGAAGAAGGGGAAGAUCUCGGAGGUCGAGCGCUGUACUAUCUUCAUCGGACACCUGUUCAAAGGCAGACAAAAGAGUAUACUUAGAGAUCUUUCACGCGACAAGCUUGAAUUCCCAGAAGUCCUAAAGCUCGCGAUAAAGGUAGAGGCAGACGACUACAAAGACUUGGUAUGGAGGGGAAUGAGGAGACGUGAUUUCUCUCUCUAUAAGGAGUAUGUCACUGAUAGAUGCCCUGAUUUCAAGGACUAUCCCUGGUCGGAAAAGAAUGAAGCUGUGGCUGAGGAAGUGAAGGAGAUAAGGGACAUGGUAAAGGGAUUGACAAGACACGUUACAGAGAUUGUGACCACCACUGGAGCCACGACUUACCGGGACAAACCCGGAGGGCCUUAUUCACUUCGCUGGGACCGUAGGAAUACCGAUUCCUGGAGGAGUGUCGAGGAUAGAAACCCUCGGACGCUGACUGAUUAUCGUGCGAGGAAGAGGGAGAGAGACGAUGAGCCGUGGCGACAUAGGGAUGAUGAGAUAGACCGGGACCGCAGAGCUCGCGAGGCGUAUGGGCGAGCUAGGAGGCUGGAUGAUUACUCGCGUAGCCCUCGCUAUGAGGCCGAUCGGGGUAGAGGCGACUCUCGAGGCCGAUAUGAGAGAUCAGACCGGGAUAGAUAUAGGGACGGAAGAUAUGAGAGGACGGAUCGAGAUGGAUACAGAGAUGGCGGAUAUGAGAGGGGAGAUCGAGACGGGGACCGACGAGAUGACUCGAGCGGACGGUAUGACCGCGGGGGAUACGCGAGAGAGCAGCCCGACGAUUCGCGGGGGUGGUACAACCGAGGAGAUCGACGCGACGAGUCACAAGGGCGAUACGACUCUGGAGACCGCCGAAACGAUUCACGAAGACGAUAUGAGCCAGGAGGAUCCGGAGGAGACCGCCGCAAUGAUUCGCGAGGCCGGAAUGAGAGUGGGGGAUAUGGCGCCUCAUCAAAACCAUAUCCCAAGUCCCCUGACCCCAGGGCAGCCAGGGGUUCGAUCUCUAGGAGCGCAGACGACAGGCCAUCUACUCCCAGGAACUCAUGCGUCUACUGUAGAGGAGAUGAUCAUAUCAAGAGAGACUGCCCGGAUCUCAAGCGGGCAAUAGAUGAGGGGCUUGUCAUGCUUGAUGACUGCAAGUACGUCGAGUGGGCAGACGAUCUGGGAGACGUAUCAAUGUUUCCCUCGAUGAAGGAGAAUGUAGAAGCAAGGAGAGUAAGGUCGAGUAAAGGAAAGGAGCCAGUUAGGAGCCAGAGCAUCAAAAUAACUUUCGAAGGAGAUAUGGCAACCACACCCAUAAGGGUAGCAACUACCAAGUCGGCGCGAGGGUCUACGUCGAAGAAGACUGACACGGAUUACGUGAUGGCGGAGAAGGACGGACAGCGGAUCGAUGGAGAGGAGGUUAUUCUUUCACCGCGAAAGCGGGGAGUGAAGAAGUUCUUGAUGAAGAGUUUGCUGGACGAGAUUGACACGGUCGAGCCACUGAGGCGGGCCCUUCGACAGCCCAUGCAGUGCUCUAUCCUAGAAUAUCUGGCGGCAUCCAAGCCGGCUCGCGAUGAGUUACAGAUGAUCACGCGGAAAACUCGCAUACCUCUAUCAAAGGAGGCUUAGGGGGCCCCUAAGGCGGAUGCUCCUACUGUAGCAGUAACGGGGGUGACUGCCAGAGCGG